AGGGCCAUCUCUUCUUGAAGAUAGCGAUGUACUUCUUCAUGUCCCUGAUAGUGGGGCUGAUGUUCCUAGACUUCGGCCAAGAUGGCUCCAAAACCAUCUUCAACUUCGGCUUCUGCUACUGCUGCACCAUCGCCUGCCAAUUUGUGCCCAUGCUGCCUGUGCUACUGCAAUAACGGCAUGUUCAUCGGGUCGGCGUCGACGGUGCCCUUCAUGCUGCUGGCGGUGCAGGGCCUGGGCACGGGGCUGGCGGGGCUGCCCAUCCUGACGCGGGUCGCCAUGCACUUCUCGUACAUGCGCUACGGCCUGGAGGGGCUGGUGCUGGCGGUGUACGGCUUCGGGCGCGGCAAACUGCAGUGCCCGCUGGACGAGGAGUACUGCCCGUACCGCCACCCGAAGCAGAUCCUGCGCGAGACCGGGCUGGAGGACGCGUCGUUGCUGCAGGCGUUCGGCGGCCUCGUCGGCUCCUACGUGGCCUUCCGCGCCGUGUCCUACGUGCUGCUGCGCUGGCGACUCUCCACGCGCACCCGCUUCCCCACCAUCGCGUACGUGGGGCGCCUCAUCAAGCGCCACUUUCGACCGACGCUGGACAGAACGUCUGCGGAGAAAGUCACUCAAGGGCCGAAUGUUGGUCUAACUUUAUUUUCGGAGGAGGGACAGAUCAUCAAGAGACACUUCCGACGAGGAGCCACUCAUCCUCCAUUCCGAAAUUUCAUCCCGUUCGUGUUAUUCCACGCCGACGUAGAACAUGAUGUUGACGACAAUAGCACUCGUCAAUCAAGCAUGAUCCGGUUGGGGCGAAGGAAGUACCUGGAGAAGCAUCUUGAAGAACCCGAAGACAACCCCACAAUACGUUUAACAGGUAUGAUCCAUGUUACUAAAUAA